UGUCUCCGUUUCGCUGCCAUUUUUUGUAGGAUCGUCUGUAUCUGUUUGAAUGGCGAAGGCUUCAGAAAAAUGUCCGACACUGUUAAAUUUUUGCCUAUAAAUUGAGGACAUUUAAAAAAAAAAAAAGGUGAAAGCAUUGCAAGGAAAGGAGUUUGGUGACAUUGGAAAGUGUUGUAAAGAGAGAAGUAAAGGUAGGAGAGGAAACAAGAGAGCCUGUCCAGGGCCGCAUCGGAUUUCCUGACUUAAGGGCCACAUCGUAUUUCUGGCAGGACCAACAGGAUGUCCGCUCCAACACCACAGGCUCACGACCGCAGUCGGACAGCGGAGGACGAGGAUGACCCGGUGGAUCAGAUGAUCGCUCGCACCGGCUGCACGGCCUUUCAUUACGCCGUACAGGAGUGCAUGGCGGAGCACCAGGACUGGAGGAAGUGUCAGGCGCAGGUGCAGAACUUUAAAGAUUGCAUGCAGGACUAUCAGAGGAAGAGGGCUGAGGAGCUGAUGAAGAAAAGGGGUCAGCUACAAGGACAGGCAUCCUAACCUGGGACAAUCCUACCAAAGAAGGACCAACCCGAGACACUCUGACACCAGAUUAUUGAGCAACGCCAGCCAAACAGUGCAAUACACCAAACUGUGGAGGCAAGCUAAAGAGACCCUGUCACCAGACCAUUUAUUUCAGAUGAUAUGUGCAUUUAAUGUAUUCAUGUUCUGUACCUGUAGAAGCCUCUCUUGUAUGGACAUCCAAAAGCCCUGAGACUGCUGCUGGGCACCUCCAACCUGGAUGUGAUUUCAGCAACCCAAACAGACUUAGAGCAGCCACUCAAGUGACCCUCUAUAGCGAGAGUCUUCAAACUAUGGCCAUCCAGUUGUUCAGGAACUACAAUUCCCAUCAUGCCUGUGAAUGUCAAGAGUUUUACA